AUGGUCAAGAACAUCCCCAACAAGUACACCCAGAAGAUGCUGCUGCAGACGAUCGAGGAGGCGUUCCGCGGCACCUUUGACUUCUUCUACCUGCCCAUAGACUUCAAGAACAAGUGCAACGUCGGCUACGCCUUUAUCAACAUGAUAGAGCCCCGCCACAUCCUGCCGCUCGUCGAGCGCUUCGACAACCGCCGCUGGGAGAAGUUCAACAGCGAGAAGGUCUGCCAGAUCAGCUACGCGCGCAUCCAGGGCCGCGCGGCGCUGAUCUCGCACUUCCAGAACUCGAGCCUCAUGCACGAGGACAAGCGGUGCCGGCCAGUACUUUUUGUGACGGACGGGCCGGCGCGCGCGCCGUGA